UUAUAUACUUUUUAAUUUUGAUGUUUUUCUUUUCUUCUAUUUUUAAAAAUAUUUUUGACUUCCUUUUAAUAAUUGAUUCACAUACCUCAUAACUCAUCCAUGUAUCCCAGGGUGAUCCAUGUGUUGGACAACACCCACCUCAGGGGGGGGAUUGUAGUAUUGUCAUAAAAUUCUAGAUCUAUAAAUUUUUUUUUCUUGUUUGAGAGCAAUUUUAGUAUGAGAAACUUGCUACCUCCUUGAAUCACAAUAGUGAACUGUUUGGAAAAUCUUUCUAGACUACAAGUUUUGGGGCUUCUAGAUUCCAUUUUGACAUUGUGAAGUCCUCCUUGUGAACUACUUGUGAAGUCCUUCUGGACUCGUUGUGAGGUCUUACUUAUAAAGUCCUACUUGUAAAAUCCUUGCAAACUCCUCCUUGUGAGGUUCUACUUAUGAACUCCUUGUGAAGUCCUCCUUGUGAAUUCCUCCUUGUGAACUCCAGUGGUCUCUUAUUACCUCCAGGAUCCAGUAUAAAAAGAAAUUUUUUGGGAGCUCCAGUUUAGAGUUGUCUGGGGCUUCUGAGCUAACCAGAGGCUACUGGAAGACAAGCAGCUUCCCAGGAGAUUGGAGCCAGCUCUGAAGGAUUUGCAGACCCAUCUUGGAAAAUUUGGCAGCUGCCACUUUGACCAGAAAGCAGUAGAUCCCCAAAGGGACUGAGGUGAAAAAAAAAGCCCCUGCUGGAGGACAGAUCACAGCAGAACAACUUUUAAGGUAAGCUGAAGAAAGAGGGUGAAGUCCUAGCUGACUGGGGCAUUUGGAGCUCUGUGGAGUCCAGUGGAGGGGAGCAGAUAGAAGCAGAGUGGAGCAGAUUCCUGGAGGGAGCCAUGGAGAAUGAGUUCAGGUAUGAGGAUUAUAAGAAAAUAGCAGAGUGGCUUUUAUCCCACACUAAACAUUGGCCCCAAAUAGCAGUGAUCUGCAGUUCUGGAUUGGGGGAUUUGGCAAGUAGAGUGACCCAACUGCAGGCCUUUGACCACAGUGAGAUACCCAACUUCCCUCAGAGCACAGUACCAGGCCAUGCAGGGUGACUGGUAUUUGGAUACUUAAAGGACCAAUGCUGUGUGAUGAUGCAGGGCUGUUACCACAUGUAUGAAGGUUAUCCACUCUGGAAGGUGGCGCUCUCCGUGAGGGUUUUCUGACUUUUGAAUAUGCACACAUUAAUUGUCACCAAUGCUGCUGGUGGACUGAACCCUGAAUAUGAAGUUGGGGAUAUUAUGCUGAUCCGAGAUCAUAUCAACUUUUCAGGCCUCAAUGGCCAAAAUCCCCUCAGAGGACCCAAUGAUAAAAGAUUUGGAGAAACGUUUCCUCCCACGUCUGAUGCUUAUGACCGAAUUUUGAGACAGAAAGCCCAUGGCAUGUGGAAACAAAUGGAUCAAGAACAACCAGUGCAUGAAGGAACUUAUGUUAUGGUGGGAGGCCCCAACUUUGAAACCAUUGCAGCAGAGUGUCGGUUUCUGCAGAAAAUAGGGGCUGAUGUUGUGGGCAUGAGCACGGUGCCAGAAGUGAUGGUGGCUAGACAUUGUGGCCUUCGGGCCUUUGGAUUCUCCCUCAUCACAAACAAAUCAAUACUGGACUAUGAAACCCACGAGACUGCCAAUCAUGAAGCGCUACUGAUGGCUGGGCAGCAGGCUGCCAAGAAGUUGGAAAAAUUUGUCUGUAUUCUUGUGGAAAACAUGCAGCCACCACCAGAAAAGACUUUUUGACCUCUCCUUCCAUGCUGUUAUAAUACAGUUAUAGUUAUAGAAUGGGCAUAAUAUUGAGUCAUAGUACCACAAGGAGGAGUACCAUAACAGUGUAAUAUUAUCAAAGAUUGUAAUUGAUUUUACCAAAAGAAUUUCUGCCUCAUGUAAAAAUAAAGAGUCUUAUCUGAGUACCACAAUAAACUGACCAUAUUUGAGUUCAUGUAGGCCACGAAUUGAGACAUGCAAAUCUCUAUCCUAAUUAUCUUUGUAAGGUCAGUAAUGCCAUUAAAAAAACCUAACAAUUAUGUUUUAUCAUUUCUAUCAACUGAAAUUUUUUUUGAUCUGUGUUGUAAUAAUAGAUCCAUUUCUAUGUGCACUGAAAAUUCACUGUUUAUCUUGUACGUCAAGAGAUAGGCUCUUUUUAAAAUCAAAAUUUGUUUUUUUUUUUUUGUUCUGAAAUUAAACCACACAAAACCAGCAUUUCCACAUAGAAAAUAGAACUGUUUAUGAACAUAAGGUCAAGAAUUUCAGAGAUUAAAAAAGUGGAAAAGAGAUACAGAAGUAGAAAAAUAUAGUAAUUCUUUGUUAUAACAAAAAACUGGAAACUAAGGGAGGGGGAUAAGAAAUGGCUGAAAAAAUAGGUUAUAAUUUGAGUUGUUACCAUACUCCUUUCCCAUUUUUUCAUGAUUUCUCUUGAAAUUCUCAACCUGAUACUCUUUCAAAUAAAUUGUAUUGUUUUCUUUCUUACUCUUUAAAGUAAUCUUCUGGUAAUUUGGUGUUGCAAAAAAAAAAUCAUUCCAGAUAGUGGCCAGUUUUUAAUCCUUAUUGGUAGAAGAAAUGUGAAUAUUUCAUCUCCUUGGGAUAUCUGCUUAUCCUAUUAGACCCCCCCACAAUGUUGUUAUCUAAUUCGCUUUUUUAUUCCUUUGGUCCCUUCCCAUUCCAUCUCUAGUGGAUGUGAGGAUUAAGCCCACAUUGCUAAAGCUGCUGCUAAUAUUUUGAAAGGACAACUACUAUUACAUUCCCUGGGGCAUAUUCUCUGCCAUCCUAUGACUUCUGAGACUUUGGUCCUGGACCAGUGUGUUUUACAAAUAUACUAUGCAGGAAUAAAAAGAUUGCCAGAAAAGGGGGGGGGGAGAGGAAUCCUUUACUAAAGUGGGCACUAGAGCUGUUAGGGCUGAGACAUCCCUCCCCAUGGGCCCUGCCUGGGGGCAAUAUUCUAGGACUGAACAAGAUGGAGCUUGAGAGUUGCCAGGAUCUGCUAGGUCUAAUAGAAACUCCUGAUAUCCUUGCACUGUAACACCAUUACCAACUGCCUGGUUCAGCCCCAGGACCACCAAGAUGCCAUUCUUGCAAAGUUAGCUUACAGCCAAAGCGCUGAAGAACUUCUGAAGAGAAAGAGAAAGAAAGCGCACAGAGAAAUCAUAUUUAAAUAUCUAGUAACAACAGGAGUAAUUGUGCCCCCAGCUUCUGAAAAGCACAAUCUUAUUCAGCAUGAAAAAAAUCACUGGAACAAGGAAAAGUUGAACUUGGUGAGGGAAACAUGGGAAAGCAUUUUGAAGACAGAGCACUUCAUACUAUCUGAAAAAGAAAAAAGAAAAAAUAUAUGAACAAUUUGAUGAGUGUUACGAGUUAGGAGAAGAAUUCUGCCAGUGGUUCUUUGAGCUUCUCUACUCCCAGAAUCCUUCAUUUGGACCCCCCAAGAGCAAUGGGGACACAGCACUUCUGGCAUGAUGUCAAGCUAAAAUUUUGUUGCAAUACAUCAGAACAAAAUGUGACAGACUAUUAUGGUUCUGAACUGGUGAGCCUUCAUUUACUAUCUCUGGUGAAAGAAGUUUCUUUUUUCUUAAUCCUAACCUAGAUUGCAAUGGCCUGAAUUGUGUCCACAUGGAUUAGUUGUAGUUGCAGUUGCUGGCACUGUCUACUGAGGCAGUUAUGAGUUUCGGUAUCUUUGAACAAGUAUUUGGACUCAUCCGCAGUCUUUUUUCUAGUAAACACUUGGAAAAUAAAAUUUGUCAAUCUGAGGAUUGUUGGACAGAAUUCCCUUGAACCUGGAGUGACAUUGGAAUGACCUUCAAUUACACUGGAAUCCAAUGAAUUAGAAUCAUAUAAUGGAAACGUAGCAACAUGUAGUAGAAAUGAAGCAUUGCUUACUGAACCUCUGCUUUGUUGGUGGAAAUGAAAGCCAGGCACCAUAUCAAAAAAUGAGGUAUCAUUU